AUGAAAAGGGUGUUCCAAGAUAUAACGAAUGUCAGCAGAAAGAACAUCAAGCUGACAAUCCACAAAUCAUCCCACAGAAGAAAACUGGUGAAGUGGCUGUACGAAGUCAUGGAUGACUUUGGGUACUCUCAGGUCACGUUUUCAACAGCUAUCUUUAUUCUGGACAAAUACAUAGAAACUCGAGGUCUCGAUCUAGAGAAAUACCAGCUCGUAGGAAUCUCUGCUCUUUUUCUUAGUGCAAAGAUAGAAGAAAAGCAAUGCAAGGGAAUAGAAGACUACGUGCAUGUUACAGACAGCACAUGCUCCAAGGAGGAGAUUCUGGAGAAGGAGGUCGAUAUGCUAGAGGUGUUUGGCUUCAACCUGAUGUUCAAGCUCCCGCACUCCUUCCUCAAGGAAAAAUACCUUGAAAAGGUGUCUGACAAGUAUACUGUGAAGCAGAGCCAGGAGAUAUUCUUCUGUGCGUUUUCAUAUGUAAUAGAGAAAAAUAUCUGUGGAAGUAGUAUGUACUGGAUAUACUUGGAGGGAGUCAAGGAGGCCGAGAAGAUGCUCUCUGGAGGUGAGGUGGACGCUGGACUCAGGUUCUACCUAGAGAACAACAAGAGGAUUAAAGAUAUAUUUGUGUAA